AUGGCGUCAUUCCACGUCCUUCUUACAUGCGGAUGUGCGGUUCCUGAAUGUGGCUGGUACGGGGAGGUUAAUCGGGUCGGAGGUUGUUGGCGCAGCUGCUGGGUGUGUGGAGAGGAACUUCAAAUUCGACGUGGAAAAACGGAGCCAAUUGUGCAAUAUGGUGCACCUGUUCUAUUCUCGGCGAGUUUGCAAAGGAUGCUCAUGGUAUUAGUUGAUGCGCUAGGCGCCGAUGCGUCGACUGAGCGCGUUGCCCUCAGAUCGAUGGAGAGUGGUGCCUUAGCUAGGGAGAAGAGGGGUAGGAUGGGCAAAACGGGAAAAAGAGGAGUUGUUUUGGCCUGUGAGUGGUGCGGUACGCCGAAUUUGUUUUAA